ACAACAAACCAAUCCUAACGUACGAGGCGGAAUACUUACUAUCCAAUCCUAGAGCAGGAGGGCGGAGCUUGAUCAGAAUGCGGAAGUGUACAAACAACACGUUUGCUGACGGAAAUCUACCGAAUCCAAACACAGAUUCAUUUUAGGUUUACAGAAUUAAAACGUUGCUGUAUCCGUAAGUUAUUUGAAUUAAAUUAGGUAUAAAAUGUCAGCAGGGACGUGCAGCUGUUCAGAACACGUGCGAUGGCUAAAACAGCAAGUUUCAGUCAUGAGAAAAGAGAUCAAGAACCUCAGGCAGCAUGUGGAGAGUUCGGUUCGAGCCCACAGGAAACACGUGGCAUCUCUGCACUCCACACUGAAGGAUGUUCUGGAUAAAAAGCAGACGAAGAGUCCGUCAUCGUCCUCCUCCUACUCCUCCUCCUCCUCCUCCUCAUCGUCGUCAUCCUCCUCCUCUCAGAAUGCAGCGGGGACGGAGCUGUCAUUAGCGAGAGGUCAUAUCCGCACCGUCCCCAUCGGCUUCAUCACAUCCUGUUUCGCUGAGAAGAACGGCACGCCGAGACAGCCGACCGUCUGCAGCUCGUCUCGCGCUCGUCUCAAAAUCCAGUCCUCUGUGUUUAACAACCCUGAACACGCUCUCACCGGCCUGCACCUCUACUCCCACGUCUGGCUCAUCUUUCUCUUCCAUAAGAACGGACACAUGAGCUAUAAAGCUAAAGUGAAGCCUCCUCGUCUGAAUGGAGAGAAGGUGGGAGUUUAUUCCACACGCAGCCCUCACCGACCCAACGCCAUCGGCCUCACGCUUGCUAAACUGGACUCUAUCACAGGUGAUGUUCUGCACCUGUCAGGUGUGGAUCUGAUCUCCGGCACUCCUGUGCUCGAUAUUAAACCGUAUAUUCCUGAGUACGACUCUCCCGUCACACGCGCCACGCUGACCGCAGAGCCGCAGUACCAACAGGAAGUGCACUCGGAUGCACCUGACGUCCUGGAGGAAAUGGAACCCGCAGAACCGGAGGGAUUGGAGAACUCGUGCGUCUCGUCCUCUCGCCUGGAAGCUGAAGAGAAGCUCGGUGAAGCUGCAGCGUUUUCAGCGGGACGUGAUGUUAGUGGUGUGCUGGAGAAGGUGAGAGAGUUCCUCCUGCAGGGGGCGCCUUGUUCACAAAGCAGGGCUGAAGAUAAACACGUGGAGGAGGAAGAGGAAGAGGAGGAGGAGGAGGCGGCAUGCGUCGCUUCCUGGAUCAGAAAACCUCCAGUACACACUCUGAGUGUGAGAUUCACUCCGACUGCAGAGAGACAACUCGCCGACUUCCUGCCUCCUACCUUCUCAGACACGGGAAGGCCGAAGUUCCAGUUUUUAAACGGUCCAGAGGAAGCAGCUGCCGCCAUCCGGGGAGUUUUAUCAGCUGAUCCGAGAUCAGUGUACCGGAGAAACCACUGCAGUGAUCGCCUGUUCUUCUUCAGUCUGGACACGGCUCACAUCACCUGCUGGUUCGGGGACGGAUUCGCCGAAGUGUUGCGCGUUCAGCCUGCGAUGAACCCAGACGGAGAAGCUCAGGGUCCGAGCGAUCCUUCCUCUGUCUCCUCCUCUCAGAUAUAAAUUCAAAUAUACACAAUGUAAUCAUCAGUAUAACAUCCUGUAACUGUGUGUGUGUGUGUGUGUGUGUGUUUCAGCUCAUUGCUCAAAUCAUAUUAAACAUCAUUCUGUUUUCUUUGAUCAUUAAGGAGGCCAAAGUUUGUGUUAAAUAAAAUUAAAUAUUCUGUUUUUAUUCA